AUGGCUUCAGCAUCGGAGGGGUUGCCCAUACGCCCGCACGCUUCAGGCGAGGCUGAUAUGUCCGAGACCGAGGAGGAGCUGACCGAAGACCUGCAUUUCAACGAGGCUCUGCUAGAAUCUCUUGUUGAUGUGACUGAGGACACCUCCGUUCAAAGGGCCGAAAUUCACUCCGGAAUCAAGACCAUCAAGAAGAAGCUUAAGAGGCUUCAUGCUGCGAAACGAGGACAUACCCAAGACGCAGCCUCUCGCAUGAACGGUACAGCCGAUGCUAGACGGUCGACAUCACGCAAGAUGAACGGAUCCGGUAACCAAAGCUUGCCCACCAUGGCGACCCCGGAUCAGAUCAUAGACCUCACAGAAACACCUCCCCCCUCCUUCCGCUAUCCAUAUGGACUGGAGCAUGAUGGUUAUCUUGGUGGUUCCUCUUCCAAUGAUAUGGAACCCAAUGAUAUCACUGAUAUUGCAGCGCGCGACAGAAAGCGCACGUACAGCUCUCAUCUUGAUGCCGAGGAUCCUUGGUUUCCUGAGUCCAAGUCCCGUCGAACGACUCCGAGUUUGGACGAGAACAACUUCAACCUUGAUGACGAUUUGCGCGUCCAUGGUGAAGCAUCUUCCACUAUCGACCUUACUGGGGACGAAGAAGAGACCUCGUCCGCCUAUUUGCAUCGGCAGGAGGCAGAAAUGCAUCGACUGCGGCUGAAAAAGGAGCAAGAGGAAGAAGAUGCGUGGUUUGCGCAACAAUAUGCCGCUCGUUUGGAUAACACUGAUGCAGACUACGAGUCUGAUAGUGUUCCCAACCAGGCGACUCGAUUUGGUCAACAGCGCCCAUCUCAGAGCACCCAUUCCUAUUCUCAAGCGCAGCUUCCUUCGACCGCCAGCUCUUCCAGCCAGCCAGCGAGUGGCUCAUCGGCCUUCGGCCUUCCAUCUCAUGUCAAGCCAGAACCGUUCCGAUCGACUGGCUACCCGGGCAGUUCUUAUCAGUCAACACAUUCCCAUGGAUCUAAAAUGCCAGGGAGCUUUGACAGUGACCCUCUUGAGGAAGCAUCGCGCAACUUUCCGGCACAGGAUCUGCUUACCCUCACCGAAGACGAUUUCGACUUGUUUGGCGAUGAAGCCUUCUCCAACGCGUACAAUGGAAGUUCACCGACACCGGAUUCUGACCUUGAGAUCAUUGGUGUAGGCGCUGCGGGCUUCCCUCCUGGGUCGUUGGGGAUCGGUCCAUCGAGCCAAGCCUAUCCCUCCAUGGGACACCGACCCGGCACUCUCGUCAACGGUUCGUCAAGAGUUGGCAGUUCGCUCAGUGAUAUUAUCGGUCGAACGAACAACUAUGACUUCGCGACGGGCCGUGACCAUCUCGGAAAUCCCCUGCCAUCUCACAUGAUGAAUCGCAUACAAGGCCUGCAAAACAUCCAGAACGGUUAUAUUGAUGCCAAGUCAACUGAAGAACAGAUUCGCAACCUACUUACUGGCAUUUCAAGCGAGGAUGCCAAUCCAGAUGACCUAGCGGAGACACCAGAGGGAUUCAAGUACCCUCUCUUCGUGCAUCAAAAGAUAGCGCUGAAGUGGAUGCAAGGAAUGGAGGCCGACUCCAACAAGAAAGGCGGCAUCCUGGCGGAUGACAUGGGCUUGGGUAAGACCCUGUCAACGCUGGCUCUGAUCAAAACCCGCCCAGCACCUCGCAAUGGAGCUACAAGUGCAAGUCCAACUCUCAUCGUUGCCCCGGUCGCUCUGCUGAAGCAAUGGGAGCGUGAGAUCCAGACCAAAAUCACCGAGCGACCCGGUCUUACUGUUCUCAACGCUCAUGCUUCCCGAAGAAAUUGGGAGUCCCUGAGACAAUAUGACAUCGUGCUCACAACCUACGACAAGAUCAGAUCGGAGGCAGAGAGGCUCGAUAAAUACACUAAACAGAUGGCCAUCAAAAACUCGCCUGCCGAUGAGAAUUUCCUCAUGCGAGAAUUCCCGUUGAUGGGCCCGAGAAGCAAGUUCCAUCGCGUAAUCCUCGAUGAGGCUCAGGCAAUCAAGAAUGCAAAGGCCAAAAGAUCCCAAGCCAUCGCCAAGAUCCGAGCAGAUUACCGAUGGUGCCUUACCGGCACACCAAUGAUGAACUCGGUAUCCGAACUUGCGUCAUUGGUCCAUUUCCUACGCAUCAAGCCGUAUAAUGACCCGAAGAGGUGGCUCGAGACAUUUGGCAGCCUCGUCAAAACUGCUCCUCGCCUGAACCAGCACACGGGAAUGAAAAAGCUACAAGCUCUCAUCAAAGCCAUCAUGCUUCGUCGAACCAAGCAGACAGAGAUCAACGGAAAGCCGAUUAUUACACUCCCCCCGAAGACCGAAAUUGUUGAUCACAUCAUAUUCAGUGAAGAUGAACAGUCGUACUAUCGCGACUUGGAGCGAGAUAGUCAGGUCAAGUUCUCGAGGUUCCUCAAGGAAGGCCUGGUAGGCAAACGUUACACAGCAGCCCUGGUUCUAAUGCUCCGUCUCCGACAAGCCUGUUGUCACCCAUUCCUUCACAUCACCGACCUUGAGCUCGUUAAUAACGAUAUACCGGUCGCCAAAAUGUUGGAGACGGCCGCCAAACUCAAACCGGACGCCGUGAUUCGUCUCAAGCGUUCGGUGGGAUCUUUCGAGUGCCCUAUCUGCUACGACUUCAUCGAGAACCCGAACAUCUUGGUCUGUGGCCACAACACAUGUCCACAAUGUCUUGUGCGUUAUCGACAGACAGCCGAGGAACAGAACAUUCAGAAUGGCCGGGAGGGUUUCAGAUCCACUUGUCCUGAAUGUCGCGAAGCAGUCAAUCUCGAUGAGUACAUCACCUUUGAAAUUUUUCAACAGGUGUAUAUGAAGGACGAGCUUGAGGCUGAGAGAGGAGAAAGCGAUGCUCAAGAUGGCGACGGCGAGCUUGAUGAAAUUUUCUCGGACGACGAGACCUCGUCUGAAGAAGAAGGCGAUGAUGAUGAAGUCGACGAGCGCGGAAACCUAGCCGGGUUCAUUGUGGAUGAUGAUGGAGACUCAGACUUCAGUCCAGUGAAGCACACCAAAUCCAGGGGUAAAGGCAAGAGAAAGGACAAGGGCAAGGGCAAGGGCAAAGACGAGGGCAAGAUGAAGAAAAAGGGCCCCGUCAAGCCUGAGACCCUUUCAAAGCUGAGAAAGGAAGCCACGAACCAGCCCAGGUUGCGCGAGAAGUACAUGAAGUACUUGCGAAGCAUUUGGCUCGACUCCGCCAAGGUUUUCAAGUGCAUGGAGAUUAUUGCAAGCAUUCAGGCCUCAGGCGAGAAAACCAUCAUCUUCUCGCAAUGGACAUUGCUUCUGGACCUAUUGGAGGUGCAGAUGGGUCGACAACUGGAUAUUGGCUUCCGCCGCUACGAUGGCUCCAUGCAAGCCGCCCGGCGAGACAAGGCCGUGUCGGACUUUAUGGAGAAGCCAGACGUCAAGGUGAUGCUAGUAUCCCUCAAGGCCGGAAAUGCUGGUCUCAACUUGACAGCCGCGUCUCAUGUCAUCAUUAUGGACCCGUUCUGGAACCCCUUUACCGAGUACCAGGCAGUUGAUCGCGCGCAUCGCAUCGGCCAGCUGCGUGAGGUCAAAGUCCACCGACUCUUGGUCAAGGGAACUGUCGAAGAUCGUAUCAUUGCUCUCCAGGACCAGAAGCGUGAGCUCGUUAACUCAGCUCUUGAUGAAUCGGCAUCGCAGGCCAUCGGCAGACUUGGCGCCAAAGACCUUGCCUUCCUCUUCGGUGUUCCAGCUCGAUAG